AUGUAUUCCACAUAUGGGCUGCUUUAUUUUUUUUAUAGCGUCAGCUCCACCUAUAGCCCAUCUUGUCUUCCAUCCAGUCACUGAAAAGAUUUUCUAGCACUUCCAAAAACAACUAUUCUAUCCCAGAGGUUCCCAAAAUUGGCUAUACUUAUAUGCUCUCUGCCAUCAUACGUGAUAUACUCAUAUACCUCAUCAGAAAUUAUGCAAACAUAUGGCCACUUUUCUAAAAUCUCUGCAAUUUUUUUCGAUUUCUUGUCUUGUGAAAACCUUCCCAAUAGGAUUGUGGGGUGUAUUUAUCAUAAAAACACGAGUCCUUUCGUUAAAAGCUGCUUCAAGUCUCUCAAAAUCUAA